AGAAUCGACUCUUCAUUAAGCUUUUUAAGAGUCGGAUUUUACCUGUGACGUGUCCAUGUUUAAUUGGAAAGAGAUUGAGAAUCCAACAAUUACUUUUUUCUACAGAAUCAAUCUCUGCUCUUUCUCACCAUUUGCCCUUCUUCUCUAAUGUGAUUCAAUGAAUUCAAUGGAUUCUACUUUGAAUCUGCUUUGAAUCGAUGUCUUCUCUUUCUCUCCCUCUAAUCUUUCUGCGAUUCCGGCCGCUGUUCAUCACAAUCUCUCCGAUAAACAAUAUGAGAAGCAGAAAAUGCUGCGCUUGAAGGGAAUGAUGCCGUCAAGUGGAAAGGUGCUUGUUUCUAUGAGAACAGGGCUUGGGUGGAGUUUCACAAAAAGUCCGCUAGCGAGUUCGGCGGAGGCACACUUCACAUCAAGGCUUAAAAGUGGAGCAAUCUUUGAGAAUCCAUUGUUUCUUUAUUGCUUCUUAUCAAGAAUCGCCAGUUCUGUUAACUUUAAAGCUCGUUCUGAACCAUCGGUUACAAACGUUACAACUGAUCAAAUCCAAUCUGGUGAUCUACUAGCUAUCUCGGACGGUGGGGUGGUUUCGAGACUCUUGAGAAGUGGCCUUGAACAAGCGACUGGGAACAAAGUACUAUGCGGGAGACCAGUCAUUGAUCCGUCUCUUCCGAGAGAAGAAGUGAACUUGAUCGAGUGGGCGAUGAAACUGGUGAAGAAAGGGAAGUUGGAAGAGAGCAUAGACCCUUUUCUUGAAGGGAAAGUGAGGCUUGAAGAGAUGAAGAAGUACUGCGGGAUAACAGAGAUGUGUUUGGCCCAAAACGGAACUGAGAGGCCAACAAUGGGAGAUCUGUUGUGGAACCUAGAAUUCAUGCUUCAGGCUCAAGCGAAAGACGAGAAAGCAACAAUGGUGGAUGAUAAGUCACAGGCGAGCGUGGUGAGGUCAACGGUGCAGUUCAGUGUGAAUGGCAUGGGAGAUAUUGCAGGAGUCUCAAUGAGCAAAGUUUUCGUACAAAUGGUGGAAAGAGAAGAGACACGAUAAAAGAUCUUAAUUUUAAGGUCUUGUUUGUACAGGAGGGAGAAAGAGAGAACACAGUACUGUUUUAUACUCUAUUAUUAAGAACCUCUAAUAAGAUUCUACCAUUGGAGCAUAGAAAAUAAAAUUAUCUUAACAAAGGUUUUUAACAAGAAAAUUAUAAUUAAAUAUUAACUAAAAAUUUCAUUAAGUUUCU